UUACUUAUAUGGACCCUCAAAUGAGAAUAAAAAAAGCGCACUUUAUUAAUUCCAGCAUCAAAAGUAAAGUGUUAAACACAUUGUAGCUAAUAUUAAAAAGGAUUAUAAGUUUUUGAGGGAGAUUGGCGCAGGAGGGUUUGGAGUGGUUUUUGAAACAGAAUAGAAGUCGAGUGGUAUGAUUGAUAGAUUAAUCAGGGCUAAAAAGAGCCAUCAAAGCAAUUGCAAAGGAUAGAGUUGUUGAUAAAGAAAGUUUUAAGAAUGAACUCUCUAUUUUAAGAAAAAUAGUAAUAUUUAUGAGAUUAUUUAAAGGAUCAUCCAAAUAUACUGAAAAUGUAUGAAGUUUAUGAGACAGAAAAGACAUUGUAUUUAGUAACUGAGUAUAAUCAAUAUUUAAAUUUCAUAGAAUGUGCGAGGGAGGCGAGCUCUUUUAUUAUAUAACAAAAACAUAGCAUUUGACAGAAUUACAGGCUGCAAAAAUUAUGAGAUAAAUUUUUACAGCAAUAGCUUAUUUGCAUGAACAUAAGAUUGUGCAUAGAGAUUUGAAACCAGAAAAUUUCUUAUUAAAAAAUAAGGAAGAUGACUCUUCCAUAAAACUUAUUGAUUUUGGGUUGGCCAGAACUUUUAGAGAUGAUGAAGUUAUGACUUAACCUAAUGGAAGUUUAUUCUAUAUGGCUCCAGAGAUUAUUAAGGGACAAUAUGGAUACGAGGUAGAUUAUUGGUCUUUGGGGGUCAUUUUAUAUGUCAUGAUGAGUGGGUAACCGCCAUUCCCAGGUAGAAAUCCAUAAGAAACGUUAAAGAAUAUUUAGAAAGGAAUAUUCACAUUUUCGAAAUCAGGUUUUAAGGGAGCAAGUGAAGAGGUAUAAGCUUUUUUAUGAAAAGAGGUUAGGGAUUUAAUCUAAAAGCUCCUAGUGAUGGAUCCGAAGAGAAGAUUCAGUGCAAAAUAGGCAUACAAUCAUCCUUGGAUUUAAUUAUAGGUUAGUAAUGAAGUGAUGAAUUUAAAAUUGCAUGAUGAAGCAAUUAAGGGAAUAGAUAGGAUGAUCAGUGCUCAACAAAUGAAAAAGACUAUGUUGUUGUAUUUGGCCACUUUCAUUCCAGAAAGUGAAAUCACGUCGUUAAGACAGGUAAGAUGAAAAUAAUUGAAUUAGUUAUUCGUAUCUUUGGAUAAGGAUGGGAAUGGGAUGAUUUCUUUGGAGGAAAUGAUUGAGGGCUUAUCAGAAUUCAAAAAGUUGAAGCAUAAAAAUAUGGAUAAGAACUACCUGAUCCAAUUGUUUAAGGCUAUGGAUAUAGAUUAGAGUGGAUAAGUAGAUUAUAGUGAAUUUAUUGCUGCUUUUUUGGCAUGUCCCCAAUUCCAGAAUGAAAGAUUCAUUGAAGAAUCCUUUAAACGAAUAGAUCAAGACAAUAGUGGCAGGAUUUCUAAGAACGAGUUGAUGGAUAUUUUUCAUACUGACACUAUCUCCAUUAAAGAUAUAGAUAUUGAAGAACUAAUCAGAUAGGCUGAUCUUAAUAAGGACGGAGAGGUACUGCAAUUAUUCCUAUCAUAGAUUGAUUACCAAGAAUUUAUGAUACUGUUAAGAGACAGGUUUGCUGAUUAAUUAAAGCAAUGA